CUCCGCCCUCGGCCUCGCACUUCCUGGCGGAGCCAUGGCUGCGCAGCGGGCUGGCCGGGGGUCUCCUGAACCCGGGCCCCGCCGCCCCGACCGCCCGGCCCCGCCGCCGGGGCUGGCCCCUCCGCGUCCGUAGCGCGUCCUGCCAGGUGGGCCUCCGCGCGCGCCCACCCUCCAGCCCGGGACCGCCAGGAAGCCGCGCCCGGCCGGGGCGGGGGGCUGGCGGAGAUCGGGAGGGUCCCCGGCCACCGCGAGCCGCGACCCCCCUGCGCCCCUUGGUGCCGGGGCGGGCGGGUGGGCGAGUCGGGGCGCCGCGGCCGGGGGAAGAGGCCGGGGGAGGGGCCGCCGCCCCCGCAGGUGACACAGGUGCGGCCUGUGCGGACCGCCCCGCGCGUGGCAGGGCUGAAAUCUCUUUAAUGAUGGAGGGAAGCAGGCAGACGCGAGUGUCUCGGCCAUACAAGAUCAGCGAAUCAUCAAAGGUAUACCGCUGGGCCGACCACUCAAGCACGGUGCUGCAGCGGCUGAACGAGCAGCGUCUCCGCGGGCUCUUCUGCGACGUCGUCCUGGUGGCCGAUGAGCAGCGCGUGCCAGCCCAUCGCAACCUGCUGGCCGUGUGCAGCGACUACUUCAACUCCAUGUUCACCAUCGGCAUGCGGGAAGCUUUCCAGAAGGAGGUGGAGCUGAUCGGCGCCUCCUACAUUGGGCUCAAGGCCGUGGUGGACUUCCUGUACGGCGGGGAGCUGGUGCUGGAUGGCGGCAACAUUGACUACGUCCUGGAGACGGCUCACCUGCUGCAGAUCUGGACGGUGGUAGACUUCUGCUGUGAGUACCUGGAGCAGGAGGUGAGCGAGGACAACUACCUGUACCUGCAGGAGCUGGCCUCCAUCUACAGCCUCAAGCGGCUUGAUGCCUUCAUCGAUGGCUUCAUCCUGAACCACUUCGGCACGCUGUCCUUUACGCCCGACUUCCUGCAGAACGUCUCCAUGCAGAAGCUGUGUGUCUACCUGAGCAGCAGCGAGGUGCAGCGGGAGUGCGAGCACGACCUCCUGCAGGCCGCCUUGCAGUGGCUGACGCAGCAGCCCGAGCGCGAGGCCCACGCCCGCCAGGUGCUGGAGAACAUCCACUUCCCUCUCAUCCCCAAGAACGACCUGCUGCACCGCGUCAAGCCGGCCGUGUGCUCGCUGCUGCCCAAGGAGGCCAACUGCGAGGGCUUCAUCGAGGAGGCCGUGCGCUACCACAACAACCUGGCGGCCCAGCCCGUCAUGCAGACCAAGCGCACGGCGCUGCGCACCAACCAGGAGCGCCUGCUGUUUGUGGGCGGCGAGGUCUCCGAGCGGUGUCUGGAGCUCAGUGACGACACCUGCUACCUGGACGCCAAGAGCGAGCAGUGGGUCAAAGAGACGCCGCUGCCCGCCCGGCGGAGCCACCACUGUGUCGCGGUGCUGGGGGGCUUCAUCUUCAUCGCCGGCGGCAGCUUCUCACGGGACAACGGAGGGGAUGCGGCCUCCAAUCUUCUUUAUAGACACAUUUGGGAACCGCAGCGCCAGAUGUUGAUGCUGUCCCAGGUUCGGGGAAGGGAAGGUACAGGUAUCUCACCUCCACAGGUGGCCUCCAUGAACCAGCGCCGUGUGGAUUUCUACCUUGCCUCCAUCGAAGACAUGCUGGUGGCCGUCGGCGGCCGGAAUGAGAACGGAGCGCUCUCUUCAGUAGAGACGUACAGUCCCAAGACUGACUCCUGGUCCUAUGUGGCCGGCUUGCCAAGGUUCACGUACGGCCACGCGGGCACCAUCUACAAAGACUUCGUGUACAUCUCGGGGGGCCACGACUACCAAAUCGGCCCCUACCGCAAGAACCUGCUAUGCUACGACCACCGGACAGACGUGUGGGAGGAGCGGCGGCCCAUGACCACGGCGCGCGGCUGGCACAGCAUGUGCAGCCUGGGUGACAGCAUCUACUCCAUCGGGGGCAGCGAUGACAACAUCGAGUCCAUGGAGCGCUUCGACGUGCUGGGCGUGGAGGCCUACAGCCCGCAGUGCAACCAGUGGACCCGCGUGGCGCCGCUGCUGCACGCCAACAGCGAGUCGGGCGUGGCAGUGUGGGAGGGCCGCAUCUACAUCCUGGGCGGCUACAGCUGGGAGAACACUGCCUUCUCCAAGACCGUGCAGGUGUACGACCGCGAGGCCGACAAGUGGAGCAGGGGCGUCGACCUGCCCAAGGCCAUCGCUGGCGGGUCCGCCUGUGUCUGCGCCCUGGAGCCACGGCCAGAGGACAAGAAGAAGAAAGGCAAAGGCAAGAGGCACCAGGACCGGGGCCAGUGACCCUAGCUGCGCCUCCUGGGACCAUCCUCACCGUCACCUCCCAGGGCUCUGUAGACCAGCAGCAACUUCUUAGUAUUCCGGAAACAUUAUGUACAACUUAGCAGCUUUUUUUACUUUUAUGAUUCUUGGUAUUUCUAUGAUAUCACAGUAACCAAUUAAAUACUAUCUGUAACUUUA